GUUACAUAACAUUUAAAGUAACCGUUAAUGAGAUGUAAUGCUCACAAACUACUAAUGUUCCCUUCAAGAAGAAACUGAAAUAGAAAACACGAAUUGCAUGUUUUGAAGAUCAUUCCCAGUUCAGCUCUUUUGUGUCUUAUUUGUCUCAUGAUUUCUCCCUGCACUUUUGUGCAUACUUAGGUGGUUCUGUGUUAACUGAAUUGGCAAGUGGGCGGUAAUGUUUUCCACAAGAAUGGGAAACACAUUCUCAAAGGCACUAGGAGUUUCUCUUUCAACAAAAUAUAGAGCAUUACUGAAAGAGCGAAGGAGACGGAGGUAGCUGAGCUGUGCCACAAGUUUCAAGUUUUAUGUGCCACAAUUUGGAAACCCAGUAGUCGUGAUGAGUAAUAUUUUUUUCUAAAAUCUGGACAUUAUAAAUCAAAAUAUUUAGCCAGACUACAGUGAAAAGCUGCACUAGUUUUUAGGGACAAGGUACCCAGGUGCUGAGGUAUCGGUGAAUCUGAUUGUUGAAGCUCAAAUGGGGAGCAGCUGGCUCCCAAAUCCUCUGGAGCCUGAUCCUUAUUCUAACCUUGUCAACAUCUAUCUUUAAAGAAACACACCCAUAAUAUGUGGGGAGAGGUUCAUUCACACCAGCAGGAUCUCUGAUGAAGGAAGGAAGUAGGCACCCCUCCAGUGCAUCCAUAUCUUCACCAGACCUCAACUGCUUGUUUUACUGAGUGUCUAAUGCCUGCAGCAGACAUGUCUGUAUAAAACAUAAUAGGAACAGACCUGUCUGUCUCCUUCUGUGAUGUGUAUUAAAAGUAAGUGCUUGUUGUGCUGCACAGUUUUGCUAUUUACCUCAGUAAUAGCUCACCUGAAUAAGACUAAUGAAGAGAUAAUUAAAAAACAUUCUCCUAGUACCUUCCAAAAAGGAUCCCUAAGUGUCCUAACUCAUUAUGGAAACAUCAGAGCCAGAAUUCUGUCACUUCAGCAGUAGAGAGCACACAAAAUAUAACAAAUAACUUGCUUUGUAGCAUUUUAUUUGAUUAUUAAGGAAGAGGGCAAAUUUUAGGUACUUUUCAAAAUAACAGCAUAGCCCUCACUCUCUAUAGUGCCUUGCAAAUGGGAUGUGACUUGCCAGUUAGGUAGUGAGGACAGCAAGCUAUGUCCCUGGGGAACCUACUUAUUCUUGCAUAGGCUAAUAGAUGUAAAUAUAUUCAAGGGCCUCAUAAAGGCUUGAGUAUUUUUUUACAUUGAUCAUUUCCCCAAACUGGCUCCUAAUAAAAUGGCCAACAUGAAGUUGUACUUGCUUCUAGGAUUGUUUGCAUUCUUUCUGCAUAUGCUGGUCAUUCAAGGUGCAGAAAGUACAUGUAGAUUGCUAGGAAAAUUUGAUUUACAUGGCUGUAUGGAAUCUGAGAACCAUAUGCUGAUAAUAGGAGGAAUGUUUCCCAUUCACUUCAGGACUAUACCAGAAAAAGAACCAACUACUUCAAAGCCAAUGUCACCAACAUGUGAAGGGUUUAACUUCCGAGGUUUCCGUUGGGCCAGAGUCAUGAUACAUGCCAUCCAGGUUAACAAUAGGCUAGAUACUCUACCAAAUAUAACACUGGGUUAUCACAUCUAUGAUACCUGCUUUACAGCAUCCAAAACUGUUUAAGGGACUUUGGCAUACCUGACUGGACAAAAUGAAACAAUGCCCAACUUCAGAUGCAGUGCUUGUGCACCUCUCAUAGCAGUCAUUGGAGCUGGUGGAUCAACAUUGACUAUUGCUUCUUCAAGAAUUGUAGGGCUUUAUUAUUUCCCUGAGGUUGAUUAUGCCUCCUCCUGCUCGGUUCUUUCUGACAAAUACCAGUUCCCUUCCUUUCUGCGCACUUUACCGAAUGAUAACCAUCAGUCACUGACUAUGGCAGAACUUGUUCGACAUUUUGGUUGGUUAUGGAUAGGAACAAUAGCAGCAGAUGAUGACUAUGGAAAAUACAGAAUAAAGUAUUUUAAACAAAAUGUAGAGAAAUCUGGAAUCUGCAUUGCUUUCUCUGAGACCAUUCCAAAAAUAUAUUCCAGGGGAAAAAUACGAGCAGUUGUGGAAGCUAUAAAAGAAUCCACAGCAAAUAUCAUUGUAGUAUGUUCCUCUGAUAUUGACCUCAGUCCCUUAAUGGAAGAAAUUGCACACAGUAGCAUUACUGGCAAAACCUGGAUUGCAAGUGAGGCCUGGGUUACAUCAGCACUAAUGGCUAAACCUGAAUAUUUUUCAUUCCUCGGUGGGACCAUUGGUUUUGGAGUACAGCGAGGUGACAUACCAGGAUUAAAAGACUUUAUGCUUGAUAUGCAUCCAGAUAAUGAUGCUAGUGAUGAUUUGACUAUUGAGUUCUGGCAGACUGCUUUCAAUUGCACUUGGCCUAACAGCAGCGUACUUUAUAAUACAGAUUUUAGAAUAAAUGUAACAGGUCGAGAGAGUGGAAUACAUCCUGUUUCUGAUCAGCAUUGUACUGGAAAAGAGAAACUGGAGGACAUAAAAAAUACCUACCUGGAUGUUUCAGAACUCAGAAUAACAUAUAAUGUCUAUAAUGCUGUGUUCACUGUGGCCCAUUCCCUUAACAAUUUAGACACCUGUGUAGAAGGAAACGGACCAUUUCCAAAAAAGUCCUGUGCACUUGUAUAUGAUUUUGAGCCCUGGCAGGUAACUUUUUAUCUGAAGAAUGUUAAAUUUACAACUUUUGACAAUGAGCUAGUAAAGAUAGAUGACAAUGGAGAUGUAUCGACAUAUGACAUUAUAAACUGGCAGUUGAAUGAGACUGGAGAAAUCUCCUUUGUGAAGAUUGGAAUCUAUAAUGAUACAAAAGAUGGGCACGAGAUAUAUAAUAACGACUCCAUAUUCUGGAACACUCCAACAUUAAAAGUUACCUUAAGCCUUUUUAGCCAUUCUGUGUGUACUGAAAACUGCCAACCUGGUACUAGAAAGGGGAUCUGACAUGGGGUGCCUGCUUGCUGUUUUGACUGUAUUCCAUGUGCAGAUGGAGAGAUAAGUAAUGAAACAGAUGCAAGACAAUGCUUUCCAUGUCCUGAUGAUUACUGGUCCAAUACACUCAAGAAUGAAUGUGUGCUAAUGGAGGUGGAAUUUCUGGCUUAUGAUGAAGCUUUAGGGACCACACUGGUAGCGCUGUCUCUAUUUGGAGCUUGUAUUGUCCUUUCUGUGACCAUUGUUUAUAGGAUGCACAGGGACACUGCUCUUGUGAAAGCCAAUGACCGAGAACUGAGCUUUCUCAUUCAGCUAUCUCUUGUCAUUACUUUGUUAACUUUCUUCCUCUUUGUUGGUAAACCACAAGAAUGGUCCUGUUAGAUUCGCCAAGUGACUCUUGCCUUGGGGUUUUCUCUUUGCUUGUCCUGUAUACUGGGAAAAACUGUUGCACUCCUGUUAACAUAUAGACACAGCAAAUUGAAGGCUGCAGAGAAACAUGACUAUAUAUCCAUGCAAUCUCUUAAUCAAAAACUUCUUGUGCUAAUCUUUGUGAUAAUUGAAGUGUGUGUUUGCAUGGCCUAUCUCACCUACAUAUGUGUCAAAUAUAUGGAAUUCCAAAAUGUAAAGAUGAUUCUUGAGUGUAAUCAAGGCUCCAUAGAAUUUUAUGUCUUGUUUGGGUUUGAUGUAUUUCUUGCUAUAUUAUGCUUCAUCACUGCCUUCAUACCUUGCAAGUUACCAGAUAAGUUCAAUGAAGCUAAAUUUAUCACUUUUGGGAUGCUGGUAUUCUUCUGGAUUUCUUUUGUUCCAGCCUAUUUAAGUGCAAGAGGGAAAUUCAAAGUAGCUGUUGAGAUUGUAAUUUUGGCAUCAAGCUUUGGUUUGCUUGGUUGCAUAUUUCUGCCAAAAUGUUACAUUAUAUUAUUGAAGCCAGAAAGGAAUACAGAGGAAAUAAUUUCGGGCAAAGCCACCACUAAUGACAAGAGUGCGCCACCUACCUCAGCCUCAUGCACCAGGGAGGUUAGCAACAGUACCCUCUCCACAAUGGUACUUGAUGAGUAGUAGUAGGUUUUUUUAGUUCUUGCUUUUCAGCAUUUACUGUGAUGAUGUGCUUUAUCUUCCUCAGUACUGACAGAUAACUCCAGUGGAUUCUCAUGUAUCAUCAGAUUGCCAUUAUUUCCAGUGGAAGUUAUGGAUUCUGGUUCUCGGGGGACAAUGCAAAGAUGACACAACCAAAUUCUCACCAUAUUACAUGUGCUGAGAAAAUAAUGCAGGUUAUCAUUGGGGAGCUUUUAUGGUUGGAUUUUUGCUUUUCUGCUUAAAUAAAUAGGGAUGUGUGUGGGGUGCGAGAGAUGGAAUGAGAGAAGAUUUGUUCUUGUGGGAUAUUAAAUGCUUGUCUUUAGGGCUGUGUGAAACCUACUUGCUCUGAUUAUGCAUUUCAGCAAACUUUACCUUUAGGUAUGGUUGCCAACUUUCUAAUUGCAGAAAACAGAACACCAUUGCCCC